AUGGCGAUUCUAGGGAAAUGGAUGCUGCGGCUCCGCGGCUCCGAUUCCCGCAACGCGACACGCAGCGAGUCGGAUUCGGCGGGUCCCGAGAUCGUUAUUGUGGAAAGCGACAUUGAGCGCCAGACCUUCCCUUCAAAUUGGUGGAAUCGUUUGAGUGACAGAGACGAACACUUCCCUUCUCGCGAAAAAGAUCGAAUUGCUGUCACAAUGCAUGCAAAGGAGCAAGAUGUGGAUUACGAUGUUAUCAUAGUCGGCGCCGGAAUCUCCGGCAUCAACUUUGCGUACCGGUUGCAAGAACGCAAUCCGGAAUUGAGCUACUGUAUUUUGGAAGAACGCCAUGAAAUCGGAGGCACAUGGAGUCUAUUCCAAUACCCUGGCAUCCGAUCGGACUCGGACCUGUUCACCUUCGGGUUCGCAUGGCGGCCCUGGACCAGGAAGCAGUCGAUCGCGCACGGCUCACUAAUCGCGGAGUAUAUGCGGAACUGCGUGGCAGAGGAAGGCAUCGACACAAAUAUUAAGCUUAAUCACCGAGUCAACAAAAUGUCCUGGUCUACCAGUUCUAAAGCCUGGACUCUGGACCUGACCGUAGACAAGACAACUUCUAGCACCCUCCGGAGCCGGUUUGUCCUCUUUGGGACGGGCUACUACGACUAUCACCAGCCGCUUCAGGCGGAUAUCCCUGGAAUUCAGAAUUUCACCGGAACCCUGGUACAUCCGCAGUACUGGCCCAAAGACCUGGACUACAAGGACAAGAAUGUCGUCAUUAUUGGAUCUGGCGCAACAGCCAUCACAUUGCUUCCAAACAUUGCAAAGGAGGCAGGGCAUGUGACGAUGCUACAGCGCUCCCCGAGCUAUAUUUUAUCGGUCCCGAACGAGGACUUUGUCGAAAAACUGAUUCGACUCCUGCUCCCCAGGAUGUUGGCCGGGAAGCUCAUCCGGUUCAAAUGGAUUCUUGUCCCACUUUUGAUGGUCAAUUUCUGUCGGAGCUUUCCUCGCCUGGCCCGGAAGUCGCUGAUGAUAUUAACUGCCAAAGAGCUUCCCAAGGGCAUGCCUCUGGACCCUAACUUCACUCCUAACUAUAACCCGUGGGAGCAGCGGUUGUGCAUGUGCCCGGAGUCUGACUUCUACGAAAGUAUGCGGAAUGGCAAGGCCGAGGUGAAGACGGACGUGAUUGAGAAUGUGGACGAAAGGAGCAUUCAACUCAAAUCAGGUGAGAAGCUGCAUCCCGACAUUAUUGUCACGGCUACUGGUCUGAAGUUAUGCAUCGCCGGCGGCAUUAAGAUCUUUGUCGACGGAUCGCAGUAUGACAUUGGCGACAACUUCAUGUGGAAGUUUGCGAUGAUGAACAACUUGCCGAACGCCGUGUUUGCAUUCGGAUAUAUUGACGCCAGCUGGACUCUCGGGGCGGACGUCGCCGCCAUCUUGGCAUGCCGAUUGCUCAGAAAGAUGAACAAGGACCGUGCUACGAUGGUGGUACCACGAAUGGGAGCCGAGGAAAAGGAGCACAUCACGAAGUUGCCAUUCCUAGACUUGAAAGCUACCUAUGUCCGAGAAGCACAGAAUGUGGUUCCAAACUUGGGAGACCUCUCUGUCUGGAAACCAAGAUCCUACUAUUGGAGGGACCUUACGGUAGCCGUGUACGGGAGUCUCCAGAAAGGUUUAGAGUGGACACUAUGA